AUGAGUGAAGAAAAUGUGGUUAUGAAUUAUGAUGAUUGCAGAAUCUCUGGGGGAUACAAAGGAGACAACUCUGGAAUGAUUGGUUUGUUCUAUACGUGUUGUUCGAAUAUAUUAUCGAGGGGCAGCUUUCUUGUUCGAAAGAGCCCAUCUUGUGGGUAUUUAUAUCCCUCACGAGUGGCGAGCUACCCGAUCUCGGGUGGUGGAAAAGUAAACUUGGGAUUGUUUGUGACAAGAUUCCAGUCGGAAUGUUAUUAUUCAAAAAAGGCCGCAACCGGAAGUUCACGUAAGAGGAAAGUCGAGACGAAGCCACUGAUGAAGGACAAGGAGGAAUUCUUUGUUGUUCGCAAAGGCGAUGUUGUUGGUGUCUACAAAAGCUUAAGUGAUUGUCAGGCUCAAGUUGGUACCUUGAUAUCAGAUCCUCCUGUAAGUGUGUUCAAAGGUUGCAACAUGCCGAAGGACACAGAGAAGUAUCUCAUCUCUUGCGGGCUUAAAAAUGCAUUAUACACCAUCAGAGCUUCUGAUCUGACUGAAGGACUAUUUGGGGCUCUCGUGCAGUGUCCUGUACAGGUUUCUUCUUCGACAAGUGAGAGUUCCAGCGAGCCCCCUGUGACAAAGAAGAGGUCGCACGAAGCUUUGUGGUCAGAUUAUGGGGUAAGAGAAAAUCAUUAUCCUACAUCAUGUACACUUGAGUUUGAUGGCGCCUCAAAAGGAAAUCCGGGCCAGGCUGGUGCAGGAGCUAUACUGCGCUCGGAUAAUGGAAGUUUGAUUCUCAAAUUGCGAGAAGGCUUAGGCGUAACAACCUGUAAUGUGGCCGAGUAUCGUGCCUUCAUAUUGGGAUUGAAGGGUGCAAUCGGGAGAGGCUUCACGAGUGUUACAGUCCGGGGUGACUCGAAACUCGUAUGCAUGCAGCUUCAAGGUCAAUGGCGAGCUAGAAACCAAAACAUCUCCACCUUGUUUGAAGAGGCAAAGAAAUUGAAGGACAAAUUCGCCUCGUUCCAAAUUAUGCACGUUCUAAGGCACUUGAACUCUGAGGCUGAUGCUCAGGCUAACUUGGCUGUAGAACUCGCGGAAGGACAAGUUCAAGAGGAGGUUGAUGGAUAG